CGAAAGAGAAACAACUAGGAGAAAGAGGGUAUAUUUUGCAGGCAUGUAGACUUGAAGUGUCUCAGUUUGCUUGGUCAGGACAAAUCCAAAGGGGGCUGACCACUUAUGUCACUGGAGUUUUUUUUAGGGCUGCAGCUCCUAUGAUGCUCACCAGCAGCUGUUGUGACUGUUUGUAAGUGCCCAAGUGCGCAUGUCUGGACUUUCCCACUUGUCUGAUCGCACAACUUUGUCCGGUAAGCCAACAACUCUGUGUAUUGCAUUGAAGGGAUUGAUGACUGCCUACUUUUAACAGAAUGAGAAAAAAAGGCUGAGACUAGUGCUGAACAGUAAUAAAUGUACAAGAAAAGGCCUAGAGGUUGAAAAUGGGCUGUAAGUAGUCAUUGUUGACAGGCUGUUGUGUGUGUUGGGCCUACAGUUACAUUGUGUGUGCUAGAAAAGCUGAUCAACAUUACAAGAACUAAGUGAACAGAUAGAAAACAUUUAAGAUGGCAGAAAGAAUUAAAGUGGGGAGGAAAUUUUAUUGACCUCUGACUUGAUAGCAGGGGUUGCCACUGUAAUCUAAAGUGAAAGAAUUGAAAGAAAACUUUACAUGUGAAGCUAAUCCUUAAUUUUUUUCAGGAAUUCACAGUCAAAAUGACUCUUCAGUGGACAGCUGUGGCUUUCUUCCUCUAUGCAGAGAUAGCUGUUAACCUCAUCUUGUGCAUACCCUUCAUAUCAGCAAAAAGGUACUGAUUGAGCCCCGCCCACUUCUAUCUAUCUAUCUAUCUAUCUAUCUAUCUAUCUAUCUAUCUAUCUAUCUAUCUAUCUAUCUAUCUAUUUUACAAAAACCCAACAUUAGGUCAUCACAUUUUUUUUUAAAUCAAAAGAAGUCCUUCCCAACUGCGUGAUAAUCAAUGAGUUUGAAAUUGACAGUUCACCCAAACAACCAGCAGAGAGCAUUGAUACCCUUUCUUUUCAAAUAUCAUCUCUAUGAUGUGCUGGUGAAACUCAGUGUCCUUUUGACCUACUUUCUAGAUGGCGCUCUGUUUUCAACUUGGGGAUAUGGAAUUGGUUAUCUCCAUACUGGAAUAAGUGCUUCUUCACAAUGAUCAUGGUUCUUAUUGUACUUUUUCUUGGUAAGCAAUCCGCUGAGUCAUAGAUAAUCUGCUGAGUCACUGACAUUUAUCAGCACACACAGGCAGUCCUGGCUAGAGGCGGUCACGUUUCUGUCCCCUCUGUGGUCCCUCAGAUGCUGUUCGUGAGGUGCAGAAGUACUCUGGUCCUGAGCCCAUGCACGAUGCCAAGGUGAACCCAAAUUUGUAUGACCAUGUCCACAUGAAGCUGUUCAGAGCCCAGAGGAACCUCUACAUAUCUGGUUUCUCCAUCUUCCUCUGGGUGUAAGUGUAAUUUAUUUCCACAUUGAUUCACAACAACAGAGCACUGUUAUUCAAACUGUCGAAUAAUACUUUUAAUUCUCUUUCUCCCCACCUUUCCUGUUUCUGUGAGCACAGUAUCAUGCGUCGAAUUGUCACCUUGCUAAACAAGGUUGCUGUCACCUUGGAGGACACUGCAGAUCUUCAGGUGCAGAUUGAAAAUGCUGUCAAAGCAGCCAAUCAGCACCAGGAGGACAACCUGACACUUAAACAAGUUAGACUUUUAUCAGUUUGUUAUUAGUGUUGUGUUGUGUUAAAAGCUACUCUUGCAUCUAUUGUGCACAUAUCUGCUUAACAGCCCAUGUGAGGUGAAAAGCUUGAAUGCUAUAAUAUCUUACUAGUGUUUUUUAGUUUCUUUGAUGUAGAAAUGCAAGAGUCUGACUGCCAUCAUCAUUCAAACUACUGAAAAGUCAAGUAACAGUGAAAUAUGUUACUAUGUUAAUAUGUUAUGCUAAAACAACAAAAUUAAGAAAUGACUAGCUACUAUCAGACAAAAGCUGCCAUUAGCAUCAAUAUCCUAGCCUAUGAAAUAGUACAUGUGCGUCGUACUAUUAAAAGAAAUCUUGGAAAAACACAAAAUAUGUGUAACAAUCUCAUCUGACUGCAGCUAAUGUUAGCAAAUGUGCUAGUUUGAACAUUUUUAGUUGCUUUUUGUACCCUUACACCCUUUUGCCUUACUUUAAAACAACUUCUUUAGCUAUUUUAGCAUUCAGCUAUUUUACUGCUAGCAGUGAUUUUAGCUCAAAGGAGGAGGAUGCUUGCACCAGUUGCAGCUUGAUAGUUGACGGGUUGUUGUUUUAAAUUGUAACGACUUCUCCUGAUUCACACUAACCAUUUUGUUUCCAAUGGCAAACAGGUAACUGAUAGGUAUAGGUUCCUAAAACUUAAAAUCCAAAGACACCGCACUACAGCAUUAUAUUAUACUGUACUAUGUGGUGUACCUUUAGUACCACAUUAUGCUAUUGGGGGCUUAUCUUCAAUAGUGCACAGGCAUUAAAGCUAUAUUUUUCAUAGUGUUGUUUCAGCAAUAUUUUCUAAGAGUUGACAUGUCUACUGUUGGUAAUUAAAGGGACCCGUUUGUCCUCAGGCUCUGCUAGAUGAGGAAAGAUCUAUGUCAGCAAAAAAUCAACAACUAAAGCUGGAGGCAGGGAGGCUGGCAGAUCAAGUGAAGGUUGCUGAAGAAGGUCAGUAAUCACCUUGUGCCUUUUAAAAUCCUAGGACUAUUAAUAAUUAGGGAACCUUUAAUGAGGGAAUAAGCUCUAUAUUAAACACUGGGCCACAUGCUGCAGUGUAAACCCUUGAGUAAAUAAAUCAACCUCUGUUUGUCUGUGUAGCUGUGCGCAAAUCCCAGGCUGAGGUGGAGGCCAUGAAGAGGCAGGCCAAAGGUCUGGCACAGGAGUAUGACAGACUAUUGAGGGAACACCACCAACUCCAGGUGAGGAUACACAAAAACACGAACACAAACAAAUACAUGUUGUACGUUUACACAAUUGGAGAGGUUGUAUUUUUAAUACUUUUCUCCAUCCACAGAACCAACAAAGUCCAACAGACAAAAAGGAUCAGUGAUCCCAAAGACACAGCAGAGCUCCGCUGAAUUUUUCCACAGAGACCUUUUCCUGUGUGCAAUAGGCUGAAUUUUCUAAAACCAUUCUCUUGAACUGAAAGCAUGUAACAAACAUAUAUGUGAUGAACAGUAUCAUAAAAUGUUUUCAAGUGCUGUAAAUACUUUUCAACUAAAGUCUUUAUCAUGAGCAGAGAGUAUACACAUUGUUCUUAAUUUAUUGAAAUAAUUUGGAGCUAUUUUAAUUUUGUGUGAGGGACUUUGUUGAUGCUUACAGCUGUACACAGACUGAGCAAUAGUUUGAUCUGAGAUUUGAAUGCAUGACAGACGUGUCCUCCUAGACAAAAUGGGUAAAUGCUGUAUAUUGUAAGUUGUAGUAUAGUUGAAGUAACAGUUGUAUAGUAGAGUCCUGGUAUUUCUGUUGUCUUACCACUUCGCUUAGAAUCCUUUAUACUCAAAAUUUAGCAAACUACUUUUUUGGGUUGAUCCUUUAAUUCUUCAAAUCUGUGACAUGAUAAUUUGUUUGUGGCAUGAAGAUAAUAAUAAUAAAAAAAGAUUUUUUCACUGUCA